UAGAAAUCACCAAAAAUGCUAUUUGACCUCAAUGAAUAGUAUCACAAAUCUGCAAGUUGUUGGACGUCAUUUCAUUUAAUAUUUUACUCGUAUUAUCACUUGGUGAGAUGAAACAUUGGAAUGAUUAUAUGUUAUUCAUUCAAAAUCAAAUAUUUAUUUAAUCUUGCACCUACCAGUAUAUGAUUGUAUUUCAGAUAAGUGGAGCUCCUGAAAGCUGUUUGGACACAGUUACACCCAUAGAUGUCACUACCAACGAGCCAGUUCAAGAUUCUCUAUACACGAGUAACAAGUCACACCUGCUUAGUCCUGAUAGAUCAGAGAUUGACGCUGAUCUCAACAAUGCUGAAACCAAUCUAAGUUAUGCUGAUAUCAAUCUAAAUAACACAGAUAUCAACAUAAGUCGCAUUGAUUGUAAUCAAAGCAGACUUGAUAUAAACUCAAACAAUGUUGACUUCAGUCUGGAUGAUAUAUCAGUUGUAGAUAGCACCUCCGAGACAUCCCCGACAUUUCCUAAAGUUAAACCUUCAAGCUUUACAACUAAACGGGACUUUGAUGUCACAACGAGAAGCAUCGUUGAUAGUUCCAAAGUAAACCCUGAAGCAGAGAAUGAUGGUAUAGAAACGUACAUGAGAAUUUCCGAGUCUUCUAUCUCAACAGGCGAGCCUGAUGUCCAGGAGUCAGGGGAUGAAGAUGCUGUGUUUAAGGAUGUCCAGCAAACUUGUCUGGAGGUAGUUGAUAGAGUUGAUGCAGCUAUGGGAGUCACAAGCCUAAGUGAUGCUGAAGGUAGUGCAGAUGAUGCAAAUGAAGGGUCAGGUAUGGUACUUGAGCAGGAUGGGAAAGAUGGGAUUCCUAUGCUUUUGGAUGAAUCAACCGAUGAAACAAUGACAGACGAGACCCAUAUUGAUGAUGACAAUGAAGGGCCCAAACAUUCUGGUGAAGGCUUUGCAGAGGAUAACAAGGUUCAGGAACAUGAUGAUAAAUGCCCUGUUUAUGAAGAUAAAAGCUGUUUAGAUGGUGAGAUGUUUCAAUUUGCAUUACCAGUUCUGCCAGUUACUGAUGAGGAUGUGCGAGAAUUAGCCAGAGAAGCUGUGUUCCAACCCUAUGAGCAACUCUUCUACUAUGUGCUCCAGUAUGAUGAUAAUAAGGAUGAAAAUGAUGGACUGGAUGAGAUAGAUGCCACCCCUGUACAUACCCAAUGUAAUACAGCCACACAAACUGAUGUUCUGCAACUGCACAACAAUGGUGCAUUGACCCAAUCAAAUUCAUCGACACAAACAGCUGACCAAUCAGAGAUGAUGUUGCAUGCUAACUCUUGUGUGGGUCCAAGCCAAUCAAAUUCAUUGACUCAGACUGAAGAAAAGUCAGUAACUUUAGUACACACUGAGUCACAAGUUGAAACACCUACUGUCAGCCAGUUGACUGAAGAUGCUAAAGAUUGUCAUGUUGAGAAUCAGAAAAAGCAAGAUGGGGCAAAAAAGCGCAGAUUCGACUGGAUUCCUCUGCAUGAAGAAUUUCCAACAGUUCAUCAAGCAAGCCAAACUGUAAUGACCCGCAGUCUCAUGGAUACCUUCAACAAAUCUAGCCAAUCAGAGGCCAUGCCAAUUAUAAAAGUGACCCGAAAGCGACGAAGUGACAUCAUGGAUAUACAGGAAUCAUUUGAACUGGUGGCAUACCACAUGGCUACACAGACUGACACUGCACCUCUUAGUGAUGACCAGCUGGCACAAGCUGCUGUACAGACAGACUGGACAGGACAUGGGGUCUUCCACAAGGCCACCCAGUUCCCAGACACUACCUAUGUAGGCAUCAAAGAGGAGGACAUCAAAGAGGCGAGACAUCGUCACUCUAGAUCCUCAAGCCCUGGGCCUCAUCAAUCAGCGAAGGGGAAAAAUAUUGAAAUAAAACUUGCACCCCCUCCCCCUCGACCACGUCCACAUCUGAAUAUGAAUCCCCAGCUACAGUAUAAUCCCUACAUGCAUCCCCCACCUCCAAGCCCCCCACCCCCUCCACCACAGCACCAGGGUAUUCCCCCUGGCUAUGCUCUGGUUCAGCCAGUCUACUAUUCUAAUCCAUACACUGGUGUGCUUCAGCAACAGUACAUGCAGACCAUCUCCUGUACUUCCAUGGAUUCUAAUUAUGGCAUACCACAAAACAUGGCACCUGGUGGUGUGCCACAAAUCGUGGCACCUGGCCUGGCACCACCUGACACCCCAGCUAGUACAGUGACAUCUGAAGGAUCCCAGAACUCUGAAGCCGAGAUGUCUGCCACUGAAAUGAUGUAAUAUCAAUAUUACAUAUGUCCAACAUUUAUGAGGACAUUUUAGAAUGACAUUCUCAGGCAAUUCAUUUUGAGGACAAAUUUUCUCUGUGGACUAUUCAUAAUGACAACAUUUUGUUUUAACAUCUGAUUGCCUAAAGCACUUUAGCUUCGCUCAGUUGCUGUGAAAAUGAUAUUCAAUCCGCUAGUUCUUAGUGCACAAAACAAAAUUGAUAAUUAAUGGAUGGAUUGAUCUCCUUCCUGUUUAAGUGCAUCAUCAUUUAUUAAUAAGUGUCCGUCCUUGUAUUCAAAUACAUUUCACUUUGGUCACAACUUGACAGCUCUUGUUAGAUAAUUAAGUCUUUAAGUAUUUGACCUGUUGAUAAAACACUGAUGAGCAUCCGUGUAUGAUAUUUAAGGAAUCCCUCGCUUUCUUGAAGUACCGUUUAAGGUACAUAUGUUCAUACAAGGUGGGCCAAAAACAC